AUGGCGGCUCAAGCAGGGUAUCCGUCGUAUUCCAAUGAAAUAAAAGAGAAAUUAAGUCUAUGGGAUGUGAAGGAUUCUCCUCUCGCACCGUUGACAGAAAAGCAAAGAAACAGCGUACUUGAACUAACCACAGUUGCAGGAAACCGUCCCCUUUUAGACGAGUUACCUGAUGAUGACUGCACCAGUUUACCUGCAAAGAGGACCUUGAGUGAGACCAGUAAAGAAGCUGCCAUGGACAUGGCAACAGUCGAUUUGGGAUCAGAAAAAAUAGAAAAUGCUCAACAGUUUUUUGCCUGGUUUGCAAAUGUGGAAGCACAAAUGGAGGAGGAGCAGGAAUCAUCUUACAGAUCUUAUGCAGCGCAGUUGCGUUCUUAUCGCGAUCAUUGUGACAGUGUUCUAAGUGAAGUGGAGUCAGCCCUGAAUCAUCUGCAGGAUCUACAGCAGAAGCACUUAUUGGUGUCCACAAAGACUGGGGCUCUUCAUGAAGCUUGCGAACAACUUCUUCAGGAUCAGACAAAGUUGAUGAAUAUGGCUGAAAGCAUCAGUAACAAGUUAUCUUACUUCAAUGCUUUGGAUCAUCUCAGACAUAAACUCAACUCGUCAACACUCUCUGUGACAAGUGAAUCCUUUGUUCCAAUGCUUGCAAGACUCGAUGAGUGUAUUUCAUUUAUAUCAAGCAAUCCUCAGUUUAAAGAAUCCCAAGUGUACCUUGUCAGGUUCAAACAGUGCUUGAACCAGGCCCUCAAUCAAGUGAAAAUGCAUGUUGUGAAUUUACUAAAAAAUGCCACAGCGCAGGUGUUGGUAAAUAAGGAAGGUGGAAAUUCUUCCGAAAGUUCCUUUGCUUUAUUUUAUGGAAAGUUCAGGACUUGUGCUCCAAGAGUAAAGAGUUUAAUGGAACAGAUUGAACAGAGGAGUCACUUGAGUUCUGAGUACAGUUCACUUUUGAGUGAUUGUCAGCAUUGCUAUCUCUCUCAGCGUUCUCAGUUAUUGACCCCAUGUGUCAGUGAUGCUAUUGACAAACUGGCCAAGCAAUAUGAAAGAAAUCCUUGUUCUCUGGUUUGCGCUGGCUGUUCAGUUUUAAUUCGGGUCUGUCAGGAUGAAUACCAGUUAUAUUAUCACUUCUUCUCCAGGCCAAGUUCAGGUCUUGAUUCCUUGUUAGAAAUUUUAUGCAGCACAUUGUAUGAUUCAUUGAGACCCGUAAUAAUCCACAUGAAUCACAUGGAAACACUCACUGAACUCUGCACAAUAUUAAAGGUGGAAAUGAUUGAGGAUCAUGUUCAGCAAAAAGGUGAAGAAUUAGCUGCUUUUGAAGUUGUUGUUCUUCAGAUGUUGGAAGAUGUUCAGGAAAGAUUGGUUUACCGAGCACAGGCAUACAUUGAGAGUGACAUCCAGAAAUAUUCCCCAGCUUCUGGUGAUCUUGCUUAUCCAGAAAAACUUAUCAUUGGGGCAGGGGAUGCUGACAAAGAAGAGAAACAAAUUGGAGAAGAAGAGAAAAUGUCUGUUGAGCUACCAACAGCACUAGCUGACAUGCAGGGUAUGUGGUACCCAACAGUCAGACGUACACUGGUGUGUCUCUCGAAACUCUACCGCUGCAUAUCAAAAGAGACAUUUGAAGGCCUGUCUCAGGAAGCUUUGUCACUCUGCAUCCAGUCUCUUAAAACAGCAAGUUCUCUUAUUGCCCAGAGAAAGGAUUCUAUAAAUGGUCAUCUGUUCCUCAUAAAACAUCUGCUGAUCCUCAGAGAGCAGAUUGCUCCUUUUGAUGUAGAUUUUGCUGUCAAGGAAAUGUCGCUGGACUUCAGUAAGAUGCGAACUGCAGCAUAUGGUUUGUGGAGUCACAGCAACAGGCUCUUUGCUCUCAGUGGCAACAAUGCCCUGCUGGAAUUCUUGUUAGAUGGAGCACCUCAGUUAACAGAAAACUAUCUGGAUUCUAAGAAAGAUGUUGAUGUUGAACUCAGGAUUGUGUGUGAGCAGUUUAUUCAAAACGUGUCAGAGUCUCUUAUCUCCCCUCUGUCAGCAUUCUUGACCAAGGUAACAGUAAUUAAGAAUCUUGCUCAAGAGGAAGGAAAAGAUGCCAAAGCAUUCCUCAAGCAACAACCUUUUGCAAAACCAGAGAACGUUCGUAAGGUUGUGAGUGAGACAUAUAUGUUACUGAAAUCCAAGCUUGCCAGUACUCUUCAAAGCAUGGCUUUGUUUUUGGCAAACAAAGACACAGAGUACAUUCUCUUUAAACCUGUCAAGGCUAAAGUUCAAGAGUAUUACAAACAAAUGAAUGACUUGGUGAUAGAAACUUACUCUGAGGAAGAUAAGCAGAUCAUUGGAUGUCCAUCAAUUCAGCAGGUUUCUCUUCUCCUGGCAGUGUCAUGAAAAACAGAGUUGACAAACCACCCUCAGUGGAAACUAAGCUUUUGGAAACUCCAGCUGGUUCACUAAAUCUGAAGAUAUAAUAGGAAAUGCUUCUUCAGCAAGUAGCUAAACCAGAUUGAAAAAUAAGAUAUAUAUUUAUUUAUUACCAUGAUUUUUUCUUCAAGGGCAUCUCUUUUGUAAAGGUGAGGGAAUUUGUUGGUCACAUUGCUUUUUUUCUCCCUAUACUUGCCUUUUAGCUUUUCAAUGAUCAAAGCGUAUGGUACUGUAGAUAAAGCAGUGACAGCCAGAGGCAAGUUAAAGGUGCCUAUUAUGUAAUAGUGUGAAACCCUUCCUCAGGAUGUACAAAUUUCUUUUUAUAUACUGUCUACAAGACAUUUCUCUUUACUUAAGCUGUGGGAAUUUGGUGUUGGAUCUAACACUAGUCUGUAGAAUGAACAAAAACUCCCAAAGUUGGUUUGAGGGUAGAAUGAAGGUACUUCCUCAAUAAGGCUCUGACGAAGGGCUAAUGCUCGAAACGUCAGCUCUUUUAUUUGUUAUAGUGGCCAAUUUACUAUUUCAACUUAGUUGAUAUAACCAAUUGCUUAUUUACAAGAAUGAAUUUGAAGGGGGCACUUACUAGAGAG